AUGUUCAGAUUAUUCUAUACUUUGUUUGCCGUAGCUCUUUUGGUGAGCUUUGCCAACUCUCAAUCGUUCAACUGCAAUCCAGCAUGUGUUUCUCCAGCAUUGUGUGAUACCAAUACAGGAGUAUGCCGUAACUUCCGUACCGCUUUUAAUGGCCCCGUAUCAAUUGGAUGCAGCACUAUCUGUCCUGCUGGAACAUCAUGUGACACUAACACUGGAAUCUGCCGCACCUUCCGUAUGCCAUAA